UUCAGGCUCAGUUGAAACAUAACUGAACAAAUAUAUUGACUGGAAAUGUCUGAAAAUAAGCCGAGUGAUGAUCCGAAGUUAUCCACGACGGACAGGGUGGUUAAAUCCGUCCCGUUCCCGCCGAGCCACAGGUUGACGGUGAAGGAGGUGUUUGACGGUGAGGGGAAGCCCAAAGUGGACGUGCUGAAGGCCCAUCUUACCAAGGAGGGGCGUGUGGAAGAGGCCGUGGCCCUCAGGCUCAUCGGCGAAGGAGCCGCCAUCCUACGCUCAGAGAAGAACCUUCUGGACAUAGAGGCUCCGGUCACAGUUUGUGGAGACAUCCAUGGACAGUUCUUUGACUUGAUGAAGCUAUUUGAAGUUGGAGGGUCGCCAGCAAGCACACGCUACCUUUUCCUGGGUGAUUAUGUGGACAGAGGUUAUUUCAGUAUUGAAUGUGUGUUGUACUUAUGGGCCUUAAAAAUCCUUUAUCCCAAAACGCUGUUUCUGCUUCGUGGGAACCAUGAAUGUAGACAUUUAACAGAAUAUUUCACGUUUAAGCAGGAAUGUAGAAUUAAGUACUCCGAGAGAGUGUAUGAUGCGUGUAUGGAUGCUUUUGACUGCCUUCCACUGGCUGCUCUCAUGAACCAGCAGUUCCUGUGUGUACACGGAGGGCUAUCCCCAGAGAUCACAAACCUCGACGACAUCAGGAAAUUAGACAGAUUCAAAGAGCCCCCAGCGUACGGACCAAUGUGUGACCUGCUCUGGUCAGAUCCGCUGGAAGACUUCGGCAAUGAGAAGACCCAAGAACACUUCACACACAACACAGUCCGAGGCUGCUCCUACUUCUACAGUUACCCCGCUGUCUGUGACUUUCUACAACACAAUAACUUAUUAUCCAUCAUCCGAGCCCACGAAGCACAGGAUGCUGGGUAUCGUAUGUACAGAAAGAGCCAGACCACAGGCUUUCCCUCCCUCAUCACCAUCUUCUCUGCACCAAACUACUUAGAUGUCUACAAUAAUAAAGCUGCAGUGCUGAAAUAUGAGAAUAAUGUUAUGAAUAUCCGACAGUUUAACUGCUCUCCUCAUCCAUACUGGCUACCAAACUUCAUGGAUGUCUUCACCUGGUCCUUGCCUUUUGUUGGGGAGAAAGUCACAGAGAUGCUGGUCAACGUGCUAAGCAUAUGCUCCAAUGAUGAGUUGACCACUGAAGAUGAAAUUGAUGGUGCCACGGCCUCUGCCCGUAAGGAGGUCAUUCGGAAUAAGAUUCGCGCCAUUGGGAAGAUGGCCAGAGUGUUCUCUGUGCUCCGAGAGGAGAGUGAAAGCGUGCUGACUCUCAAAGGCCUCACGCCGACCGGAAUGCUGCCCAGUGGAGUGCUGUCUGGAGGCAAAGAGAAGCUCCAGAACGCUACUGUUGAGGCUAUUGAAGCUGAUGAAGCCAUCAAGGGUUUCUCCCCUCAGCAUAAGAUCACCAGCUUCGAGGAGGCCAAGGGCCUGGACCGCAUCAACGAACGGAUGCCCCCACGGCGUGAUGCCCUGCCCUCCGAUGCUAGCCUGAACUCGCUCAACAAAGCCCUGUCCUCCGAAACCAACGGCACGGACGCCAAGAGCAGUGGCAGCAACAUCCAGUGACAGGGCGACGGGGAAAGAGUCGCUCUGCCCAAGGGUUCCCAUGGCCACACGCUCCUCCCUCCCUCUCCACGCUGGAGAGAGAGGGCAUGUGGGGAUGCUUAGUAUUGUGGGCCGGAGAGAUGGGUGAAGAGAGAGAGAGAAUAUGAGUGAGAGAGAGAGCGAGGGAGAGACAGAGAGAGAGGUGGGAGGGGGCGAAAGCGGGAGAAGCAGGGAGCAGCGUUCAAAAAAAAAAAAAGAGAAAAAAAAGACAAAAAAAAAAAAACACCACUUCGAAUGAU